UUGUUUAUUGUACGUAAAAAUAAUUGAGCGAAACAUCGAUCGUUACCAGUAUCAAUUGUAAAGAAAACAUUAAAUUAUUCACGAUUUCUGUUGUAAAGUUGUGAUUCUGUGUUGGCGAGUGUGGUUGUUUGUUGUCAGUAUGUCGUGUGAAUUUAAACUGUUGUCUAAUGUGGACGAUUUGGUCGAAGUUCAGGAGCAAUUUGGUCUGAGCUCAGAGGAGAACUGGCUGAACGCCGUUUGCUAUUCACUAUCCCCGGCGGGAGACAUUCUCGCUUUCGGUCACGGUUCGAUCCUGGUGAUUCUGACUUCCAAGUGGGACCGCCAGCGUCAGCUAAAUGUGUACAAAAUCGCCUGGAAGGGGGCGAUUGAUGAUGCGAACUGUUUAAUCACAAGUGUGCUCUGUGUUCCGAUCGUGGGUCAGGGAAACUCCCAAACGAUUGUGGAUUUCAGCUAUAUCCUGGUGGGACUGGACAGUGGUCAAGUGUUGUUUUACGGUGAACAAGGCACUUUAAUUCAUUCGCAGCUUUUUCAUCAGGAAGCGGUGCAAUCGAUCAAAGCCCAGAGUGGGAAACAUGUCCACGAGGAAGUCCAUGUGUAUUACGCGUCGUGUGUCGUGAUAAUUCAAGGUUUGCAGUUGUUUCCUAUGUUGAGAAGUUUCAAACAGCAGAUCAGUCGCUAUGGCUUGGGGAGCCCUCGGGUGAAUGAAAUGCAGGAGGGAAUUGCGUGUCGAAAGUGGAGUUAUGACAAGAGUAUGACCAUCGAAGAUAGUGUGGUGUUGGGGCUGCAGAAAACCAGCACGUUUGACCAUUUGCUAACGGCAAGUCUUGAGGGUGGAUUCUUUGCCAGAUAUCGUCAGGCUCCGCCACAAAACACGUUGAUCGUUGCAGUCGGAACAAAACCCUAUGUUGGUUUCCAUUAUGCCACUGAGGGUUUUACGCAGCCUGUGCUAGCGGACGUGGCACGAGCUGUAGCCAGCAAAAUCAAAUCCGCAUUGCCUACAUGGUUCGGAGGUACAUCAGCACCACAAGCCCCACAGGAGCCACAGUUACAGCCCUCGGAACCGCUAGUUUGUAGAUACGGUCUGUGUGAUGCCCAACGGAGUUCGUACUCUGUGUGGCUGGCACCCGAUUACAGACUCGCUGCCGUAGCGGAUAACCUAGGUCGAGUAGUUCUAGUGGAUUGCGUAAAGGGAAUCGCUUUGCGAAUGUGGAAAGGCUACCGGGAUGCGCAGUGUGGCUUCACGCAAGUGACCGAGAAGAAAUCCAAAGAUUCUACUGGCGAAAAACACGAACGGCGGAGAGCAAUGUUUCUGGUAAUAUUUGCCCCGAGGAGAUCCAUACUGGAGGUUUGGUCGCUCCAAAAUGGACCCAAAGUGGGAGCUUUCACGGCGGCUAGAAGCGGACAGCUGCUUUACAACAAUCACAGUGUUAUGGGUGUUUCUCCGGGGAUCGGCAGAGUGAAAUACGGCGAGAAUGGUUGCAUUUUCUUCGAUCCGAGUGAUUGCUCGUUGAAAGAAGUUAGUGUUCCGUUCCAUUGCGCGUUAAGUGAUUCGCAGUCCAAGCCAGCGAAGGAUCUGCACUUGUUGAAAAGGUUGAAAACGUGUUUGAAGGCGGGAGAUGGCAGUGAAUCUGAAGAGCUGGAAGAGAUGUUGGAAAUGUGUAGAAGCAUCGAAACCGACGAAAUUGUUCUGCAGUGUUUGAAUAUGCUGGUGAAGCACAAGAAAAUUAAAGUAAAUCUGUUUCGGUGUGCUGUCGAAGUGUUCGGAAAGUUCGAUGAGAACGAGGAACUGCAGGAGGAAGUGGAAGAAGACGAAAAGAAAGUUCAUAUCAAACAAUUGUGCAAGAAUUACAGGAAAAUAACUACGUUCUAUUUGUUUUUGUUCGGUGAAAUGAAGAUAAGUGAGGUAACCACAAGUGAAAUGGCUACAGACGAGACCAGCGAGCCAAUCUCAAAGAUUGAAGAUUCAGACGAGAACGUGAAACUGUCCGAAAUCGAACUGGCAUCGAUCGGUAAACUCAUCGAGCUGUUGACAAUGAAUAGCGCCACCGAUGAAACUUCCACGACCCGAGUAACGUUCGAGGAAUCCACGGCUAAACACAACAUUUUCCUGGAGUACCUUUCGUAUUUCAACGUAUCCAAGGAAGAUCACAUUUUGCUUAAACACGAUUUGGCUAACGUCUAUCCCUCCUUGGGGAAAAUCAUCUAUGAAUCAAUCUACCAAAACAAGGACACUCAGCUGGCGGGUUUCGUAACUGCCGCCACCAACUCCGGCAUUGCGCCCGAAGAUUUGUUGAAACUAUUUCUCGCAUACUGGCUGCGGAUCCCCGCUGUUUACCGCGAUAUUCCCGAGCUGAUCGAAGAUUUGAACAGCUUCAGCAAAGUGCUUCGCAAGUUGUGCCAGCUAGCGCAGGACAAGGUGCGCUUCGACAACAAAUCCAUCUGCUUGUGGUGGCAGAAUGUGCGUGAAUAUCUGCUGGAAUCACCCUGCGCCUUCCGGGGGCUGCUGGUGGCCAUCAUGUGUCGAAAUGAAGCGCAAAAGUACGAUGACAGUGGUUACGAGGAAGACUAUCAGUUUGAAGAGGUUUCCCAAGAAGCCUGCCAGUGGACAUUGUUGAUUGGGAAGCUGGACGAUGUGGCGGUGCUCGGAACGGUUCUUUCAAAGAGCAUCAAAUGCGCUCACGCAAUAUAUCCGUGCCUGAACUAUCAGAAACCCGACGUGAGUCUGAUGGAGAUUUUCAAGGGCGGUCAGGGAAUUGUCGCCGAGAUGGUGGCCAAAUGGAUCGCUGCUAGCGGAAUCGAUCCGGAAAAACUAGUAAUCGAGGUUCCCGAUGAGGCGUUGGAGAACGAGCAAGCCGGUAGACAGGAACCAGAAAACAGUGCGAGGAAAGAGCGAAAACGAUUGGAGAUGAUCAAGCAAGAAUUGCUUCAGACGAGUGAAUACGGUGGAAGUAGCGAAACCGAACCUGACCCUGUAUUGUACAACCUUAUCAUCCUUCGAAGACAUUUCCCAUUCAGCUUGGAAAGUGGAACCAUUCUGUGUCACCUCGCAUGGGAAUACAUUGGAAAUUGGAGCAAAAACAUGUCCGACAUCAACUGCCUCGCUGCUGGCCUUGCCUGCCUUAAGGCAAUCCCCCGCCUGCAGUACUCGAUGAAACAUGGCCUCUGCUGUAUGAUUUGGAACGCCCACCUCAAAAUCCCACUGCAAGCCACCAAGAACCUGGUCAACAAAGUUGGUCGCCUGCCGAAAGAGAACCUCUGUCUGCAGGACAUUGGAAUAUCAGACGCACUGGUGCCCCAAUUCCUCGAAAACUGCCUCGAGUUCUUCUACCAUUUCUCCGGAGCGAUCGAUCACGAUAAACUGGAGCUUCGGUUCGAAGAACUGCUCCCGGAAGGACCCAUUCCUCUGACGCAACUCGCCAUCCAGCAAAAGUCUGCCAACAUGACACUGCUGAAGCUGCUCCGUGAGCUGUGCAUGGUACUGCUCAUCUUGACCUCGUUCAACGUGAAGUACAAAAAACCGAUCCAGCAGUUCUUCGACGGGAUGGCGAAUCAAUCGUUUUUUGCGGAAAUAAAUCGGCAGCUCGAUUACAGCCUACCGGGGGCGGAUCCUCUGUUGAAGAGGGCGCGAUUUGAGUUUCUUUGCAACACUAUCACCCACACGAUGGAUUUGAUACGGGAAGAUAUGGAAAAUGUGUUCUAUAACGAUCAUCUCCUGUGGAUGGAGAGGAUCGAGAAGCUGGCCGAUAUGUGGGAGAUCAAAACGUCUGAGUUGAGGAAGCACCAGGUCGUUGAGCUGUAUGCCCACGGAUGGGACACGUACGCCGAGGAGCUGUUGGAAAACACCAUCCCAGAUCUGGCCUUCGGGAGCUUACUGCUAGCCAUCGCCGGUCGCAGAUUGAAUCUUCACACCAAGACAAGCAGUCGCAUUUGGUCCCAAGUGGCAACGGUAGGGCCUCUACUGACCAACUAUCUGGACAAUCUAAUCGAUAACGAAAACUUCGGUCCCAAGCUGCGUCUGGCCGAGGGCAACGAAGCGGCCAAUGCGGCCGGUGAAAUUUCCGUCGAUAAGUUGACAAAGUUUGUGGAGAAAACCUUUGUUUACCUGAAGAAAGCUACGACCCUCGGUGAUGCGCCUCCAACUAGUAAAAAUUUACCCAAGGACCUGCGAGUGGCGGGCACGAUGUAUGAUGCUUGUCGACAUCUUCAGGAAAACGCGUCGUAAUUCAGUGAAAUAUUGUGUAAAGUGAUAAAUAUCAAUCGGUUUGACAGUAUGAUAAAACAAAACAUUAAAAAAAAUAAUUCACAAGGAAAAUUAUGUUUUACCCGAUCGGUAAAGUCAAACGUUAACUGUGGUAUAGAUAGGAAGAAUUUAUAUUUUAAUCCUUGUGUUAAUUUUUAUUACACAAUGUAUUUGUAUUCCACAUUUUAAAUUUAAAAACGCCCCACUUGUAUUCCGGUUACCAUCUAUCGAAGGCCCUACGAUAUCUAGUCUUUAGCAAAGAUUUUCACACUUCGAAGUUGAUUGAAGACACAUUCAACUCUCCUCUUUGCCUGUUCGAGUUCGUCCUAGUUCGAGAUUCAAUAAAUUCGAGUGGAGCAUCGACAGGGAAAGGGAAAGAAGCUAUAAUUGAUCCGAAUAUAUGGCACUGCAUAUUCAUCUUCUUGUGUCCGACAACACGCAACGGUGCAGAAGCAUCAUAUGUCGGUGAAAUCAUCUUGCAGAAUUGAAAUGUAAUAUAUCUUGUUCAACUGAACUACUUUGUAGUAAGUAAUCCCUUUUCAUUACGAUUGAAGUAGAAGUAAAGAAAAUUCCUUUAAAGGUAGUUUCGACAACGAUAAGAG